GUCUGAGGUGAAACCUUUCCUUCAGAAACUCAGUGGGCUCCUCUCCAUUCUACUCUCUGCUCCUUUCCCCCUUUCAUCAAUUGAAGGAUGAGGAGGACAAGAUGGACGGAUACCUGUGGAUGACAGCAAUUCUCCUGGCGUUCUGGGGUGAUGUGUUCACUGCACAAUCCCAGGCACCCAACUGCCAAGCAAGAACGAAGUACAUCCAGCAUGUGGUUCCACACAGCCAAGUAUCCAUCGCCUGCCCCAACUUGACCGGGGAUGAUCUCAGGUUCCAUCUACUGGGUUCCGUGCACGAGAACAGCAUUAAAAUUCACACCACGGUGCUCAAAAAGACUAAGGAGCAGAACCGAAACCACACCGGAACCAAUCGUCAAGAAAGCUUUGUCCAGUUCGGGCAGGUUGAACCGGCCCUGAACCAGAACCUGUCCAACAGCUACGUGUUCACAGUCAAUGGAACAGGCCUGUACAGCUGCAAGGCAGAGAGAAUGUGGCCUCCACCAUAUAAAGAGGACACUGUUGAGACUAUGCUGAUUGAAGGGGAAUGUCAGAACCACCAAGUUCCACAGGAAAAUCCGAUUUGCCCGGAGGAUCUCAAGCCACUCCUCCUGUGGCUGUUAUUGGUGGGAUGUGGUGUACUUUUUUUCUACAGCGUCAUCAUCACGAUUAUCACCAUCUUCGUCACAAGGAAACUGAAGAAGAAAAAAUCUGAAAAUAAUAUUUAUAUGAAUGUGACGCCUGCUGAGAUGAAAGGACAGAAGAGAGUCCAGAAACCGGCCAUUAGGAGAUAAUGACCCUGAAUGGACUCUGGCUGUUUUCCCAAUAGCCACUUAAUUCCUAUAUAGUGCACAGACUUCCGUUAAAAACGUUGGACGUUAUCUACUGGCACAUUCAGAGCAUUAUAAUUAUUCAGUCAAAGUAAUUAUUUACUAAAUUACGUUAUAAAGAGGUCCCAUUAGGUAUCCUAUAACUGCCAUCAGCAUAGCGACUUGCAUCUUCUUGCUGGCUGGCCUCUGUAGCCCAUCAGGUUUAGUCCUGGUCCUGGCUGUUCUCCAUAACCCAGCAGGUUUAGUCCUUGUCCUGGCUGGUCUCUGUAACCCAGCAGGUUUAGUCCUUGUCCUGGCUGGUCUCUGUAACCCAGCAGGUUUAGUCUUGAUCCUGGCUGGCCUCUGUAACCCAGCAGGUUUAGUCCUGGUCCUGGCAGGUUGGAGGGCCAGUAGGGGGCACUCUUUCCUCUGCUCUGAACACCAAAUGCCAAUGGCAGCUAAAAGGAUGUUCAUCAAGUACUAUAUGUACAGUAUACACCCCUCACAUUUUUGUUCAUGUGACAACACUGAAGAAAUGACACUUUGCUA